AUGUCUAAUCAUACAAUUCUAGAAAAAGAUCAAAGACAAAAUGAGCAUUCCGUUUCAGAGAGAAAACGCAAAAUGAGUGAUGAUAAUCCGAUCGCUGAAAGGAAACGGAUUCUGCAUGGUCGUUCAAUAUUUGAAAAAGAAAACACAUGGAAUGGUGCCACUCAAUCUUACGAAGUGGCUGAUAUUAAUCUGGCUGAUUCAGGUAGAAAAGAAAUAACGAUGGCUGAAACUGAAAUGCCUGGACUUAUGAGACUUAGAAAACUUUAUGGAGGAUCGAAGCCUCUAAAAGGCGCAAGGAUAGCCGGUUGCCUUCACCUAACCGCACAAACAGCUGUUCUUAUUGAAACACUUGAAGCGUUAGGUGCUGAUUGGAGUAGUUGUAAUGUGUUAUCAACACAAGAUCAUGUUGCAGCUGCUGUUGCAAAGGCUGGAACACGAGUUUUUGCAUGGAAAGGGGAAACAGAGGAACAAAAGUUAUGGUGUAUUGAACAGGUGAAAUCAAUAACAAAAUAA